AUGUUAGGCCUUCACAACAUUCUCUUUAUAGCUCCACCAUCUUCUUCUUUUCCACACCAACAGCCACCACACAUUCCCUCUGCUCAACAAAUAAUUGCCAAUACCAGCGAUCAGUGUAACAUUGCAAACAACCAAGAAUCUUGGACCACUCUGAAGAGAUAUCAGCAAGAAGCAAGUUUUCUUAAAAGGGGUGCUUUGAAUGUUGUUGGGGAUAACGAUACUUCUAGGAAGACAAAUACUGGUCCUGCAAGAGCUUGUAGGGACUGUGGAAACAGGGCGAAGAAAGAGUGUCAGUAUAGGAGGUGCAGGACUUGUUGCAAGGGUAGAGGGUAUGAUUGUACCACUCACAUGAAGAGCACGUGGGUGUCUGCUGCGAGGAGGCGAGAGAGGCUUGGUUGUAGUGGUGGUGGUGGUGCCUCUUCUGCUUCUUCUGGUGGUGGCUGUGUUGGUGGUAAAAGGCCAAGAGAAAAUGUGACUACUACGUCUAAUAGUUUUAGUACUUCUAAUAACAAUGCUGCUGCUUCUAUCAAUUUGGAUACUGGCUCUAGUUACCAAGAUGCAAGCUUCAAACAGUCUUUACCAGGUCAUGUUCGUGCACCGGCAGUUUUCAGGUGCAUCAGAGUAACAGCCAUAAAUAGUGGGGAAGCUGAGGUUGCCUAUCAAGCUGAGGUGAAUAUAAGUGGCCAUGUUUUCAAGGGCUUUCUUUAUGAUCAAGGGAUCGAUGAGAAAAACCUGUUUCCAUGUAUUUCAAAAAUGCCCUCUGGUGAAAGGACUAGAGACUCUGCUUCGCCAAUCGUCAAACCAUCUGAAGCCUACGCAGCCUCUCGGAACCAAAGACUGCUUGAAGGUACAAAUCGCAGCACCUAA